AGGAAUACACAAGUCGUGAGAAUCCACGAAACCGUCGGGUUACCAUAUCACUGUCCGAAAGAGAAAGAGAAAGAGAAAGAGAGAAAGCGCAUUAUAGAGAGAGAGUGAGUAGACGACCUCGCGGUGGCUUCAAGUGUCGUGCAUGCAUUUUGUGCAUCUGUUUGCUUUGCAUGCACACACGCUUUCUCUCUCUCCUCAACCCCCCUUUCUCUCUCUACAUCUCUAUAUCUAUCUUCUCUCUCUCUCUCUGUGUGAAAACCCUCCAUCGCCAUUUCUAUCUCACACCCACUGACCUCGAGUUGACCCCACUUCUCGAUUCACUUCAAUAGAUUUCCAACUCUCUCUCUCUCCCUCUAAUGUCAGAGCAAAAUUAAGUAUACCAGAACGAACUCAUAUCAACUCUGUUUCAUGUGAAUGUCGCAUUCGAGAUUCCAUUUCAUAGAUUCGCAUAAGCAAUUGGCGAUGGGGGUUUUAGGGUUUUUGAUUUGGGUGUUCUUUUUUCAAUGAGGUGAAGAUUGGUUUUUUAGGUUUGAUUUGGGUGAAUGGCCAAGAUUUGCAUGAACGAAGCUUGUCGGGUGACGGCCACGAUCGAGUGGAAGAAUGGUUGGGGCUUGAAAUCUGGUGGAUUUGCUACUCUCUGUUUCAAUUGCGGAUCUGCUUAUGAGAAUCUAAUUUACUGUGAGAAAUUCCAUCUAGAGGAAUCUGGUUGGAGGGACUGCAGAUUAUGUGGAAAGCAUAUCCACUGUGGAUGCAUUGCUUCUAAGCAUUUGCAUGACAUCCUGGAUUUGGGGGGCGUAGGUUGUAUAAGCUGCACAAAGAGUUUGGAGGCUCACUCAAUGAGACCUAUUAAGAUUCAAAGUGAUGGUAUUUCUAAUGGAUUUGGCCCAUUGCCAGUGAACAACAUUGGUGAUCCACAAUCCUCUUUUGUUGCAAAUAGAAUGGGUGGUACUAGUGUUGAUAAGGGGAAGCUUGUACAGUUGAGCAAAACUAUGGAUGCAAAAGAGCUCGGCCACUUCCCUCAAACUCCAAGAACCAACAAUAAUUCAUCUAUAGGGCAAAUCAAACGAGAAGAAAUUAUGCUUCCCAUUGGGGAAGGUGGUACAAGCUUUCCAGAGAUGAUGCAACAGUCUGUUGGACCAUCUAUUUUUGUUAAACCAGAAAAUAGCAGGCCAAUAUUAGGGGUUAAAGAUAUGUAUGAAUCACCAGCCCAGCCAUCCUUGGGUUUCUCUUUGGGGAGUCCUUUGGAUACUUCAAAUUCUCGAGUACCUUCUUCUCCUAGUGGGGUUAUGGAAGGAAGGGAACAGAACAAAGUUCCUCCCAUUCAACAAGGGCAAAGGGCACGCACUAUUUUACCCAAGCCUGUCAAAACUGGCCUCACCAUUGGCUCAGAGGCAAAUAAGGGAAUGUUUGCUCAGACACGUGUUCCGAGGCCUCCUGCUGACGGGCGAGGCCGUAGCCAGUUGCUUCCUCGAUACUGGCCACGGAUUACCGACCAAGAACUGCAGCAAAUAUCUGGAGAUUUGAACUCCACUAUUGUGCCGUUGUUCGAGAAGGUUUUGAGUGCCAGUGAUGCUGGUCGAAUUGGCCGUUUGGUGCUACCAAAAGCAUGUGCUGAAGCGUAUUUUCCUCCUAUUUCUCAAUCAGACGGUUUACCAAUAAGAGUUCAGGAUAUAAUAAAGGGGAGAGAGUGGACAUUCCAGUUCAGAUUUUGGCCCAAUAAUAACAGCCGGAUGUAUGUAUUAGAAGGUGUAACCCCUUGCAUGCAGAAUAUGCAAUUACAAGCUGGUGACACUGUGACUUUUAGUCGGAUAGAUCCUGGGGGAAAACUUGUCAUGGGCUUUCGGAAGUCUAACUUUGUUGAUAUGCAGGAUGGCCAAACAUCUGCCCUUGCUAAUGGUGUUCCCUCUGGAGAAGGGUUUGUUUCUGGUGUUAAUGACAACCUGCCUACACAUGGAGGCAGGACAAAUGAGGACUCGCCACAGCAGCUAAGGCCGAUCCUAGAGAAAAAGAGGAAUCGAAACAUUGGGUCCAAAAGCAAGAGGCUACUCUUGCAUAAUGAAGAGGCUAUGGAGCUGAGACUCACAUGGGAAGAAGCACAGGAAUUGCUCCGCCCACCCCCAAGUGCCAAGCCAACUGUUGUAAUGAUUGACAACCAUGAAUUUGAAGAAUAUGAUGAACCACCAGUUUUUGGAAAGAAGACUACAUUCAUAGUGCGAGAAUCGGGGGAACCGGAUCAAUGGGCUCAGUGUGAUAGUUGCUCCAAAUGGAGAAGGUUGCCCGUGGAUGUUCUUCUCCCUCCAAAGUGGACUUGCUUGGACAAUAUAUGGGAUUUGAGCAGAUGUUCAUGUUCUGCAGCUGACGAGAUGAAUCCAAAUGAACUGGGAUGUCUUCUCGGAGUUAGCAAGGAUUUUAAGAAGCGGAGAAACACAGAAAGCGCCAAGGUAACCCCAGAAUACGAGUCUUCUGGCUUAGAUGCUUUGGCCACAGCUGCAGUCUUAGGAGAGAAUGCUGUACUCUUAGCAGACAACAAUGGAGACAAAACAAGUGAGCCAGCUGUGGCGGUCACUACCAAACAUCCCCGGCAUCGCCCUGGCUGCACUUGUAUCGUGUGUAUUCAACCCCCAAGCGGAAAGGGCAAGCACAAGCCCACCUGUAUCUGCAAUGUUUGCCUAACCGUGAAACGCCGCUUCAAAACCCUCAUGCUGCGUAGAAAGAAACGCCAAUCAGAAUGCGAAGCAGAAAUUGCUGCCAAGGAUGAUGUCACGUCUAAACAUGCAUUGCCCCUUAUAAAUCUAUCGGAGAAUGAAAGAAUCAAGAAUAGAAUUCCAAAUGAUGUCAGUGAGAACAAGAAGGGACAGUUAGACUUGAAUUGUGAUCCUAACCGUGAAGAAGACAUAUUGGUUGAAGACGGGGGUUUGAGUAUGGCAAACCUUGUUCGUGCGGUGAGCAUUCCAUUGGAGAUGUGUUUGAGGCAAAAUAGGGACACAAACUUGAAGCCGUGUUCGCUUGCCUCUGAAGGUGCAGGUGAGAGUGGAAGCUGCCUGCCUGAUGAAGGAUGUCGUUUGGCUUUGGUUGGGGAGCAUGUGAACAAAGGUGAUGAAGAGUAAUCAAGUUUUGAUUACGGAUGUUUUUUCUUUCUUUUAAAUCAUACAUACAUGUAUCUUUUAUGUUUUCUCUCUUUUGUCUGAAUUAUAGAUGUUUUUGUUGUGUAUUUCUUUUAUAGGAGCCCAUGUGAAGAAAUAGUACAUUGUUAUACAUCUUCACAGUUAAGUGGGUGCUCUCAAUCUUCUUCUUCUUCUUUUCUUUCUUUUACAAUUCAAAGUUUGUUAGGCUUAUCUUCAGUUCUGAUGAACUCUAGUUAGGCUUCUGUUCUUGGGCUUGAUAUUUGUGGGAUGAAAUUGCAGGUCACAAAGGUUUAAAAAUUAUGGUUUUUUAUGAAAGUCCUCUCAUUCUCUAA